AUUUUCCAAAAGCCACAUGGAGAAGGUCGCGUGUUCUAUGUUCUCAGAAAGAAGGUUACGGACUAAGCAAAUCCAGACAAUAGACAAACUACCUGACAAAGUUAUUCUCAAGAUCUUUUCUUAUCUGCCACAUAAAGACUAUGGAUGCUUGAGUCGAGUCUGUAAGAAAUGGCGAAGGAUUUCUAGUGACUCACGUCUCUGGACCAACGUGUCGCUACGCCCUCACGUUUCGGGACUACACGUGACCAAUUAUGAAUCUCUUUUAGCGCUCAUUUCUAUUCGUUUCGGACCAUCACUUAAGUCCAUCGAGCUUCCCAUCGAGCUGAUAACAAACAAUGUGCUUCAUGAACUUGCUACGAAAUGUUCAAAUUUAACAACGAUGCUCCUAGACUUUUCUACUGCUAUGCAGCUUCACGAUUUCAGCCGUCUUCAUAAAUUUCCUUCUAAACUACGCUCUCUCUGCAUCUGUCUGUCCGACGUGAUAUUUAUGGAUGGGUUUAUGCGCAAAAUCUAUAGCUUUUUGACCAGUUUAGAAGUGCUACAUCUUAUUGGCACAUAUGAGCACGUGGAAGAAGAAGAUGAAGAAGGGUACGAUGUCAUUAACAUCCAUAAACUGAAGCAAGCCGUCCCUCAUCUUCGUGUGGUGAAUCUGUAUGGCAUAACUUUUCUGGACGACAGCCACGUGGAGUCUCUGAGCAGUAUGUGCGUUCUCUUAGAAUGCCUGGCCCUAAACUUUUGUUCCAAGUUCACUGGUUCGGUCUUUGACGUUCUCUUCUCCCGUUGCACAAAGCUCAAAUCACUUUUACUACAACAAACCGGUCUUAAAGAUGAGCAUGUUAUGUUAGUGGAAUGGAACCAAACCCAUAUCCAGGAGUUAGACAUCACUGGAACAGACUUAUCUUCAGAAUGUUUAAUAAUUCUUUUGACACGCAUUCCCGCUCUUCGGUAUCUCAGUGCAGGCCAACAAGAUGGCUUUACAGAUGAGGUGUUAUGUACAUGGCUAGAUAAGGGGAAUUGUAAAAGUAUCAUAGCUCUGGACUUAGAUGGAAAUGAAAGCCUUACUGGAGAAAUUCUGAAGUUGUUUAUCCAGCGCCACGGCGUAUGUCUGAGAGGACUGGUGUUGUCCGGAAUCUCUAGCCUGAAUGACCAGUUCUGGUUGUCUGUUCUACGGUUUUUGCCAAAACUCAGGAUUCUUUCAAUGGGAACUCCUCUGGGAUGCUGUAAAAAGAUCCAACAAAAGAUUCACACUGAUACUUUGCUGUAUUCCCUUGCUAAUAACUGCCCCCUACUGGAACGGUUAGAAAUUGGAUGGGAUGAUCUGAAUCUCAUGUACAGUGACCGAAGCAGUAAAGCCGUGGAUGCCCUCCGUGUCCGAUGUUUGAGACUGCGAUGUCUAACACUUAGCGACAACGACUAUUGCGAACUUGUUAAAGCUAACUAUGAGAGAGCCGAACGUCCAUCGGUAGUCCGCACCACAACCAGCUAUCGGGUCAAUCUAGUUUAUUUACUAAUGUACUACAGUGACUUAAUGUUUAACUAGUGUCUAUCUCGAAGGAUAAAAAUCAGAAACAACACGGGGAUCGUUGUUUUUGUUUUUUUUUUCAGGCUUCCGCUCCUGCAAAUUAUGCAAUCAAUUAUAAGGACCACAUAUCACUAUUGUAUUUGUCAGAAUACGCUAUAUAUGUUGUAUUAACCCUUAACCUAUAUACCCUCUUUUUUUUCCUUCAAUUUCGUGGACAUGGGAAAUAAAAUAAGAUACUGAAGUGAAUUUACACACACACACGUUAAGAAUUAGCUCUGUAAAAGUUUUUUUUAUCUAAAACGAUUUAUUUUUCUGUAUCAUGUAUGAUCGAUUAGUAGAUUAAAAUUACACUCGAUGGAAUUUGGGUCACCAGUCGUCUGCAGACGACCAAGUAUCGGUUGGGGUGUCAUACUUAUUAGAAUAGCCACCAUACUGGCAUCUAACAACGGAUCAGAUACCACGAGCAAAAUUCGUUAGUGUAUGUUUAAUUAACAGUACUUGGGUCAUGGCGGAAAACAUAAAGUCAAGUAACAACAGAUUUAAAAUAUUUUAAAUAGACUUAAACCGUUUGUAGCUUAUAAAAUUGAACUUUUAAAACAGUCUAAGAAUGUACAAAAAUUAGCCUUCUCGUCAUCAAAAGGAAAGUUAUUGUUUUAUGCUGUAUUUCAGCUAGGUUGUUACCGCAUAUAAUUUCAGGAAUUGAAUACAAAUAAAAAUAAUAAAGUCCAAACGCUUUCAAAACUUGGGCCUUUUCUCGUGAGGAAACAUUUAUUGUCAUUCUGUAUUGAAAAUACGUUUUCCAUUCUAAGAUAAAUGAUCGAUAUUAAUUCUCUGUUGUAUUUCGCUCACCUCAAAGUUACACAAUAACUUACGAGGCUGGAUAUAGCCUUGAAUUUUAGUGUUUCUUGCAAAAGGAGCUAGUUUUCUUUUCUGCUUUGUUUGUUCGAGGUUAAGCACGAAGUUACACAAUGGGCUAUCUGUGCUCUGCCCACCACUGAGGAGGGGGGCUUUGUUUAAUAUUUGGAUUAUUUCUGACUUGGCGAUUUUAAGUAGUAUCCUUUUUUAAAUCAUAUAUAUAUAUUUAUAAACUUUUGGUGUAACACAAACGAGCAAAUUUAGUGAAUUUCAAACUAUGCUUUCAUGAAAGUUAUAACAUUUGUUUAUUUUUGUAAUGUAGUUUCUCUUCUUUAAUCCUGUGUAGUUUCUUUGAUAUUUA